AGAGUGGACAGAGUCCAGAAGGACAAUGAGCGGUGUCUCGUCGCUGUGGCUGUAUGCCGCCCUGCCCGGGCUGCUGUGGGCCGCACAGGUCAGUCUGCCAUUGGAGGGAGACAAUGAUGCCUCCAGGAUCUGCAAACCUCCCCCCCGCUGGUCCAUUAAGGGACAGGAGCCCAUGCAAGAGCUGCUGGGAAAUGUGGUUGUGGUGGCACUACUGAAGGCUAGCUGACAGUUCUGUCUCACUCAGGCCUCCAAAAUUGGAGGCCUGCGUGACAAGCUGAACCGCAGCAACCUGACAGACAUGUCUUUUAUGAUCGUGAAUGAGCGCGAUGCGAUGUCCAGAGCCAUGUACUGGGAGCUGAAGAGAAAAGCGGCCCCUGGAGUUCCUGUCUACCAGCAGGGCCCCCUUCAGGAUGAUGUGUGGGAGGCCCUGGAUGGAGACAAAGAUGACUUCCUGAUCUAUGAUAGGUGUGGUCUGCUCACCUUCCACAUAGUGCUGCCUUACAGUUUCCUGCACAAAGUCUACGUAGAGGCUGCAAUCAGAGCCACUUAUCUUAAAAACAUCUGUAACUGCACUGCUAAUCACACUUUAUCCAGUGGCAAGAAAACCCUCAUGAGGAAUGAGACAACGCAGUUUAAGGUCAGCCAGACAACUACAAUACCCACAAGUCCUCUGGACACUGAUGAUCCUCCUCAUCAUCAUCAUCAUAAUGGUCCUCAUCAUCAUCACCACCAACACGAUCACACCAGUCCCAAGAACCAGUCCAAACAUCAGCAUAGUCCGAAUAAUACUAUGCACCCUCCUCACCAUCAUCCUGAGCAUCAUCAUCACCAUCCUCAUUAUCAUGACCAUCAUCAUCAACAUCAUCAUCAGCAACCUGGCAACCACAGUCAUCACGAAGAGAUUGAAGAAGAUGACUAGGAUGCCAUUUUACGAGUGUUUUACUUGCUUUUUUCUUAGUAUUUUACUUUUGAUAACAUGUUUUACUUUGGUGGCAGAACAGCUGUUCCCUUAGCAGUUGAAUCUGUUUUAGCAGUGAUCAGAUUUUGGUUUCUCUGCCAGCAUGUCCACACCUAGGUCCUCUGUGUGUAUGACGUAGCCAAUGCCAGCCUAUCUUCUCCCAUUAAUGAAAUCUAUGGUGUUAAACCUGCCUGCAGGGAGUUGUAGACGGAGGUGUGCGGAGAGAUUGGAUGUGCUGAUGGUUAUCUAGGCCACACAGAGUCAGAGGAUGUUGGGCACUGCUAUAGAGCAAACCUCAGUGUGAUUUCUGCCCAAACAUUUUCCUUCUGGGUUCAGUUUCUGCUUGUAUGCUAUUACAUCACUAUGUACGUGUGUCAAGAGUGCGGUCCUUUAUUCAUUGUAAAGGCAUUUUCUUAAUACAUUAGAUUAGAAUAAUAAUCCAAUUAAUCAUUAUAAACCACACCUGCAAAUGCAUUAUUGUCACUUUUACCAUUUAAUCAUAUUUGCUGUGGAUUUUAAGUAUUUUUGUGUACUUCCACCUAAUUAACUGGGUGUAGAAGGAUCCUUAAGAUUUGUGUUCUCCAUUAAAAAAUAAGUACAUA